GCACUGCAGAGAAUUCAUGCAGAGCCCUGCUACGGCACUGAGGGACCCGCGGCCCAGAGCCUGGAACUGAUUGUGCUGCAGAGAGUCCACGGGGAGCCCUGCCAUGGAGCAGAGGGGAGCUCAGCCCUGAUUACCCUGCAGGGAGUCCACAGGGAGCCCUGCCACAGCACCGAGCAGAGCCCGGCACUGCAUGCAGUGCAGACAGUCCACGGGGAGCCCUGCCACGGCACCGAGCAGAGCCCGGCACUGAGUGCAGUGCAGACAGUCCACAGGGAGUCCUGCCACGGAGCAGAGAGUCCCAUGGCCCAGAGCCUGGCGCUGGCUGCGCUGCAGAGUCUCCAGGCCGGAGAGGCUCAAUGUGUCAUCGCUGAGCGAGGGGGAGGCCUGGCUGAGACCCCCCCAUCCCCCGUGGCCUUGGUGCAGGAGAAUCCCUUCCAAUGUCCCGAGUGCCAAAAGUGCUUCAGCCGCAGCUCGUACCUGGUGAAGCACCGCCGGAUCCACGGGGCGGGGAAGCCCCACCAGUGCCCCCAGUGUGGCAAGUGCUUCAGCCAGCGCUCAUACCUCUGCAAGCACCGCCGCAUCCAUGCCGCGGCAGCCGGCAAACCCCACGAGUGCGCGCUGUGCGGCAAGCGCUUCAGCCUUCGGUCCUACCUCUGCAAACACCGCCGCAUCCACACGAGAUAGAGCCGGUCCCCGGGCCUGGGAGCCACAACAGCCCUGCAUGGGCUGUGCACAGCACUGGAGCCAAGGGGACGUCGCCCCGUAGCCACAGAGCCAUGGUACAAGCAGCCCACGGAGCGUGCCAGCAGAGCCCACGGCACAGGAGCACUACCGGCAGAGCUGGCAGGCUCCUCUCUCCGGCACGCGGUGGGAAAGGGAGCGCUGGGUGAGGCUGGGGUCUUGUGGAAGUGGCUGGUGGGAACAGAGGGGAGAACUUUCUGUGCCAUGUUCUGUAGUGUUUUCUGUCAAUAAACGGUUUC